CCCUGGACACGACCCAGAGACAGGGGGAAAACCCCAUUUCCCAUAAUGCUCCGCCCUCCUGACGUCAGUGUUUUCUCGCCGGUCAGCUGAUCCAGCUGAAGUCAGACUGACUCCUCCAGCCUGUGGUGGAGCAGCAGGUUACUGUGUAAAGUAGCUUAUAGUGAGAUGACAGCAGGCUACACAGCUCUUCACCGGCUUCCAUUCAUCUGAAAUUGGUUAUUUUAUUAAUCAGUUUAACGGAUAAGAAUGAUAGGAGUCAUGAUUCCCGUCGCUUAGCAGCAGUUUAUUAGUGAAGAGCUACAGCUUGUUAACUUGUGCAGCUCGCUAGCUAAUGAAGGGCUAACUGAGUCUCUGGUGAUGGUCUGAAGUUCUCUGUGUAACGAAGGAGAAGCUGAGAUGGAUCCCUGCAACGGAGAGGACAUCAUAGAGACACCUGAGCUGCCUCUGGAGAUCAUAGUUUACAUCCUGAGCUUUCUUCACACCUCAGACAGGAAGGAAGCCUCGCUGGUCUGCCGCAGCUGGUACUAUGCCAGUCAGGACUUGCACUUUCAGAAGAACGUCACCUUCUGCUUCCCGGCUUCAGCCUCGUCCCUGGAGCUGAUCAGGGGUCUGGGCGGAAAGUCACGCUGCAGUCUGAUUAUCAGCCAGCUCGAUGGGUUCAGUAUGUCCAGAUCACUGCUUCUGGAGGUGGGUCUGUGCUUGGGCUCUAAGUUGGAAAGCUUGUCCCUGCCUGGUAGCAGCGUAACAGAGGCCUCUCUGCUGGCCCUCCUCCCUCGCCUCACCUCCCUCCGCCGGCUGAACCUCAGAGGCCUGGACAGCCUCUUCAUGUCCGGGGCUUUCCUCUCCAGGGAGGACCACAGACAGCAGGUCAGGUCAGCUCUGUCUGGUCUGGAGGAGCUGGAUCUGUCCGACCUGCGCUACCUCUCCGACCUCACCUUCAACCGGCUCACCGGCUGUACCCCGCGCCUCCGCCGCCUCUCGCUGGCCGGCUGCCAUAUUGCCUUCGAGUUCGACCCGUAUCGAGGGUGCCCGGUGGGAGCCGUUAAGGAUUCGUCAGCAUUGCUGUCACUGAGGAACUUGCGGAGGUUGUUAACGGAGCAGAAAUCCACCAUCGUAGCUCUGGACCUCAGCAGAACCUCUAUCACCCCUGAGUCACUACGCACUAUUGCACAGGUUCAGGAUUUGCUCUUAGAGGAACUGUGUCUGCACGGCUGUAAGGAGCUGACCGACUACUCAAUGGAGGCUCUGGUGAAGCACCAGCCGAGCCUCCAGAGACUGGACAUCAGCGCCUGCACUGAGCUGACCAGCAGGUCUGUAGAGGCUGUAUCACAGGGCCUGAAGUCAUUGACACACCUCUCCUUGUCUCGCAAUUGGAGGAUCACUGAAAAAGGCCUCGCUGACCUUCUGUCUAUGCCGUCCCUGACUAGUCUGGAUCUGUCUCAGUGUCUGCACAUCAGCGGAACAGAGAUAGUUAAAGGCCUGACGGGAUCCCGUGCUGCCAGAGCACAGCUGGAGACACUCAACCUCAAGAGCUGCACCUACAUAAGGGAUCUUGCGGUUUACUCUCUCACCCAGCUUCUUGGGGAUACUCUCCGUGAGCUAGACUUGACGUCGUGUGUCAAUGUGACGGACCUGUCCGUGCGCGCUAUAGCCACGUACCUGCAGAAGCUGGUAGUUCUGCGGCUCGGCUGGUGUAAAGAAGUCACAGACUGGGGUCUGCUGGGGAUGGUGGAAAUAACCAAUUGUGAGCCUGAUGAAGUGAUGGUAGACAAGGGUCCCAGGUUCACCCGGACCUUCGGCAACAUGGGCUUCUUCAAGCCUCCUCGUUUGUCGUUUGAGGAGCGACCCAAGCUGGUGACACAGAAUGACCUGCAGCAGUUCAAACAGCAGGCUGGAGCUUCAUUUCUAGCUCUCAGCAGGCUGCAGGAGCUGGACCUCUCCGCCUGCCCCAAACUCACGGACAGCAGCAUCACACAGGUGGUGCAUUACCCAGACCUUCGCCGUCUGUCCCUCUCCAUGCUGCCGGAGAUCACUGAUGCCAGCUUGGCGUCAGUAGCCUGGCACUGCCGCAGCCUCACCAGCCUGGCGCUCAGCCACUGCCCGGGUAUCAGUGACCGUGGAGUGGCACAAGCUGCACCGUACCUGCACAGGCUGCAGCAUCUCUACCUCUCCUGUUGUAAUAACAUCACUGACAGAUCCUUGUUCCUUCUGGUGCAGCACUGCAACCGUCUGCAAACACUCGACAUCUCGAGGUGCAAAAACAUCUCCGCAACAGCCGUGGACCUCCUUCAAUCACAGCUGCCCUUCUUGGAAAAUGUCCACUACAAAUUCAUAGGUGGGGCUGAUCUCAUCCUUCCACUCUGACUGACUGACUGACUGAAUGUCCUGGAUGACCGCUGGUCCUUUUCAAUAACAAAAACCUGCUGACCAAAGACUGCUCCGUGAGUUGGGCUUUUGCACAGUUCAGCAAUUUGCACAAGAACUGAAGGAAAUGUAAGUGAUCUUCUAAAAGUGUCAGUCAGUGUGAGACAGGUACCACUUGUAUAAAACUAAUGUCUGUAAUGACUGAAAAGACACGCAACCUAACCAUAAUAUUAACUGUUUAGUCCAAGGAGGGAAAAGUUUGGAUGUAAUGUUUAUGUCCAGUUUAUGUGAUGCAUCAUCACUGAGGGCACAGAUUUAUUCUAAGUCUAUGUACAAUUGUUAAAAACCAAGAGAAACCCUGAAAACUGACACACAGUAAGAAGAAAAUAUCGUCACAGUAUCUCAUUAUAAUGAGAAUGUGAAUUGUUGACUGACUGCACAUUUGUUUUUAGGAGACAGGUGUCGCCCAAACAAGAGGCUUUGUUGUUGUUUUAAUUGUCUUGAAGUAACAAGGUGUUUUUAUCUACGUGAAAAGGUAUCUCAGAAAAUACUUUCAUAGCUGAAGGUUAGGCAAAAAAACUAAAUGAAAGAAGCUGUCCCAUAAGAAAUAAUGUUAAGAUUGAAAGUACAUGUCUUAUAAUAUAUAAUGUAUAUAUUUAAACAUUUUGAACUAAUGUAACUAAAAUUGAAAGAUAAGCCGUGGACUAAAUUCUCACAUUUUACUCUUUUUGCUUAACACGAGAAACAAAUGUCUAUUAUUUUGAGAAGUAAAGGAAGGUAACACUUCAUUUGGAUGCUCAUCCUGUAUAGCUUUGUCGACAGUGCUUUUGAUUUUCUUGAUAAUUUAUUUUUUUAACAACCAAAUAGGAGAAAUAUUUUUUCUAACAAUGACCGCUCUGUGUUGCUAAAGUAGAAGUAAAGAUGGGUAUAUAAGACUAAGGGCACAACACCGCUACCUACUUAACUGUCAUGUUCCACCUAUUGCUUGGAUUUAGUUUAACUUUGCAGUGCCGUGAUAUCUGCCCUACACCUCAAAUCAAUAUGAAUAUCAAAAUAUGUAUUUAUUAUAAAACUAGCCUUUAAAUACAAAGUUGUUGAAAUUUCAAUUUUGUUAAGAAACAUAUACAAAAACAAUAAAGGUGGUGCAGUAAAGCAAAAUGUGUAAAGUGAUGAGUAAAAUACUUUUUUUUCCUUCACGUUAAUAUGUAAUUAAGUACGCAAAAAUAAAUCGCUUUUAUACUUUUAAAGAUAUAUAAAAAUUUAAUUUUAACUCCAUUAAACCCCAUGAAGCUCAAGAUUUCAAAAUGUAUCUCCACUGACAAUGUUUAAACUAGACACUUCAAGCGCCACUAUAAUAGAUAUCGUUACCACUUUUAAAGAUUUUAUACAGAUUUUUGAAAUUCUUUUAAUUUUUCUUAAGUUAUUUUCAUUUCCAUACUUUACUUUGCUACAGCUUAUAAGAUAAGCAGUAUAAUAAAUAAAUAAAUAAAUAAAAUUACAAAUGUAAUCAGAUACAAACACCAUUCAAACAUCCAUACCUUUAUUUAUUUCUCAUGCCAGACUGACUCCAUACUAACACACUUCAUGAUGGUUUUAAAUCUCUCUGAGGUCUAAGCCAUUUUCCCUAUUGUUGCUCCGCCUGCUCUCCUUCUGUAAUAAUGCAUGUAGAACCUGAACACUGUAAUGCACAAUCAUGUUAUUUACAUCUCCUUUUUCAGGACAAACUGGGCUAUCAGAAUACGUACGCUACAGUGAUGUCACAUGAAUGUAUGAAUAGUUACAUCACCAUGAAUACAAAACUAGAAAUUGAAUCUCAAUCUUGCUCUGAGGCAAAGGUGAAUGACGGGAAGCGAUUUAUUUUGCAUGCUCUCUUUCAGAAGAUGGAGACUGCCUUUUUUGGAAAUGUCUUUUCCUUUAGAGCAUGUGCCUGCCUUCGUUUAACCAUUCAAAGUUCCUUUGAAAACUGCCAGCGUUAUCCGAUGUGACAAGCAUGUAGUCAGAAUUGAGUCUCAGAUUUGAAGGAAUUUAUUGAAAUAUCCCACAAACAGCAGACAAAUCAGGUCACAACAUUUCUCAAUGAAAAUCUGUGGACAUUUGCUGUUAUUACUGGAUACUAGAAGCAUAAAAGCAAACUGUUGUGUGUGUACUCUCUCCGUUUGUUGUCUCCACUAACCACUGUAGCCUAAUUAGAAACCAUAUCCCUUUAUACUGCCGUAUGUCUGCUGCACUACGCCAGAGGGAGAAUUAUAGACUGUAAAGAUGAAAAAUCAAUGAUGAAAGAUGCUGAUUUUUAUAAAUAAACCGCAAAACAUCA